UUUCACGCGCAUUGUCUUACGGUUCUCACGUGUUAAUGCACUUUUCCCGUCCUGGUUAGCUGGCCGAAUACUACUGUAUCGUGGUUGCUCGUGUGUGGAAUACUUCAGUGUUUGUAGAAGUUGCCAUAAGGCGUCAUAGCAGACGUAUGUGACUCACUCGUUCGCUUUCUGAGUGAUUUUCUGCGAAUUUUCCUGUAGUUUAAUUGCAUUGUUAUUGUUAUAAUCAUCAAUUAAUCUUUGAAUCAUAUUACGAGCGUCGUGCAAAGUGUCUGUGUACCAUGGUAUUAUUGGGGCCUUCUCUCCUGUCUCCCGCAUUGUGGAGACUGUGCUGAGCCCCCAGUGAUGUUCUCAGCCCUAGCCUACCAGUUAUCUUCAAAGUUUCUGGAAGAGCAGAAGUGUGCGCCCGUGAAGCGCCGCACGAUGUCGAAGAAGCCGGCCGCGCAGCCGACGCUGCACAAGGUGAUCAUGGUGGGCUCCGGCGGCGUGGGCAAGUCCGCGCUCACGCUGCAGUUCAUGUACGACGAGUUCGUUGAAGACUACGAGCCCACUAAGGCAGACAGCUAUAGGAAGAAGGUGGUGCUGGACGGCGAGGAGGUUCAGAUCGACAUCCUGGACACGGCCGGGCAGGAGGACUACGCCGCCAUCAGAGACAACUACUUCCGAUCAGGAGAGGGCUUCCUCUGUGUCUUCUCUAUCACCGAGCCUGAGAGCUUCGACGCCACACAGGAGUUCAGAGAACAGAUCCUGCGCGUGAAGAACGACGAGAACAUUCCGUUCCUGCUGGUGGGCAACAAGUCGGACCUGGCGGACAAGCGGCGCGUGCCGCUCGACUCGUGCCGCGAGCGCGCGCAGCACUGGCAGGUGCCCUACGUCGAGACCUCCGCCAAGACGCGGGACAACGUCGACAAGGUGUUCUUUGACCUGAUGCGCGAGAUCCGGUCGCGCAAGUCGGACGACAGCCGCGCCACCAACGGGGACGUCAAGGGGAAAAAGCGGAGGAAAAUCAAGUGCGCCAUAUUGUAGGCCGAGACCGACGCCAUAGUCCGGCCGGGGCCGCCUCGGCAGUGAUAUGUCGCCGCGGGCCGUGCGGGGUUGCUGUGUGUCCGCGUCACGCAUACACUCGAUGCAAUGCAAUAUCUCACUCACUCAAACUAUUUAUUAUGUGUACGAUGUGACCGACAUACAACAAUCACCACACGUCUUCUACUCCACUAAUCAAUAACACAUCUUGUAAAUUCGUGUAUUGUAUUUGAAACUCUGUUACGUGGACGUGAAGGUCGAGGGUCGCGUGCCGCCGGCACGUUCACAUGUACUAGGUGUAAGCAGGCUAUUGUAAAUUUUAAUAUAUUUCGCCCACUUUGGUGCUUGCAUUUAUUGAAUACUGUUUGUAACGAAACACGUCGAAACAAUACAUUUUUAUACAGUAACUUUUAAACAGUAGCGAGUUAAAUAGUUUAGUUUUAUAUCUCGAGCCGAUGGUGGUUCUCACACUAAUGUCCUGGUUCAGCCGACACCCGCCGGGCGAGUGACGAUACAAUACAUUUUGACACGACUCAUUACAAACAGAAUUCCAUAAUAUUUUUUAUGAAUUAAAUAUUGUUGUAUCAAAGCUUAGUGCUUUCGCGUUACAUGUCCGUGUAGUGGGCGCCGCGCCGCGGGCCGCGCGCCGUGCCAUUGUGUUACUGACUGUACAGUACAGUGUGUACUGUACACAGUGUACACUCUGUAUGUAUGUACAAUACGGCGACGCGCGGCCCGCACUCGCAUGCUCGGUAGCGUAAGUUUUGUAUUUAUUUCUAUGUAUAAGUGCUAAAUGUAUUGUGUAAUGUGUUGAGGGUACUGUUCGUACGUGUUUGCAGAAAUAGUAUUUGUUCAGACUACGCAAUGUAAGAGCUAGUCAGGUGUUGAUGUGGCGAGUUGUUCGGUUGAAAUCUCACGAUGAAUCUGUUGGUAAAUAUAUAUAAAGUACGUUGUAUAGGGAUGCGGAGUGCACGGCCUCGCGAUCUCCUAGAAUACUAUUUCAGUGAACAUCCGUGUGUUGUCUGCGCCGGCGCCGGGGGCGGGGUGCGGUACUAUAUAUACCCACAUAUAUAUAGGGGGCGCUUCACUCAGUAGCCGGUAGUUGUCACGUCUUGUAUGUUACACGCCUCGAGUCUCUGGCAGACAUUACAUCAUUAUUACACAUUUCUUGCAGUUCAUAUUGUCUCUCCAGUGAAGAACUGGUAUUUAAUUCGUUUAUACUCCCAGUAAGAGGGUGGCAGUCAGAAACUCGAGGCUAUAUAAAUGUAAUGCUAAGUUUUGUAUGCAAUAAAGUCUGAUAUUUUUAAAUCUCCACGAUUUACUUUUUAUAUUGGAUCGUCGAUCUGUUCCUCGGUCUGUUCGCCUCACCUACUUGUGUACUGUGCAUCUUUCUCAAUGUCGCCUGAUGUGUGACGUGGCUGCGACGAUGGCUCGUGGUGAACAGCCGGGCUGGUCAGCAGUGCGAGGGUCGAGGUGCCGUGUCCUGUCACCUCGGCCCUGUGUGAUGCCAUUACGAUUUGUUUUGUCCACUUAGUGCAACGCACGCGUAGCAAUAACAUAUUUAGCAUAAUAUACUGUUCCGGGGCCGGUGUGUAUAUCUAGCAGGUCCCCGACUGCCAACACGAAGUAAUGUUGUAAGUGGUUACUGGUUAGCUACUACUCUGUCUCCUCCGUAGCCCGCCACUUGCCGAUAGCAACUGUCCGAGGUAGGCUUCAACUUUUAUAAUCAUAGUUUCACAGUUACUGUCGACAGGUGGCGGUGUUCCAAACAUAUAUUCCUAUGUACUUGUAAUGUCUAUAGGCUAGUUACUUUAGUUCACAAAUGUAUGGAUUAUGUACCUACGUGUAUGUAUGUAUAUCGAAGUCACAGGAACAAAAUGAUUGAUAUAAAGCAGGAAAUAUACAGAUUUGCAAAA